GUCUGAGGCUGUGCCUCCCUUGCCUUCUCCUCUUGGCGCGUGGGGAACACUGGCUGCUGGUCCACUCUAGGUCUACACCAUGGGGUCCAGCACUCUUCCCCCAGCCCUCCUGCUGCCACUUCUCCAGCUUGGCUUCCAGAUGUUGGCUCUACAUGCAGACCCUGAGCCUGGAGCUUCUUUCUUUGGAGACAGCUUUGUGGAGGUGCCCUCAGUGGAUGCAUACAGCACAGUUCAUCUCCGCCUCCAGUUCUACACAAGUCAGCACAAUGGUCUCCUCUUCCUGGCUGCUGGACAGGCUGACUACCUCCUGAUGGAGCUGCAAUCCGGCAUCCUACAGGUUCGACUACAGCUGGGCUCAGAGAAGAUAAUGGUCAACUCUCCAGCAAGCCUGCAGCUCAAUAACUUAGUUAUCCACAGUGCUGAGCUGUUGGUCAGUGAUGGUCAGAUGACUCUGAUUGUGGAUGGCCUCUUUAACACCUCUGUGGAGAUCCGAGGACCCCUACACCUGUUAGACAUUCAAUAUGGUCUCUACAUAGGUGGGGCUGGGACCCUGGAGCUGCCAUACCUCUCAAGGUCCACCUCACCAUUCAGAGGCUGCCUCCAUACGGUGAUCUUCAAUGGCCUAGAUGUUCUUUCUCUCCUGACAUCUGGUGAUGGCUCCAAAAUAUUCCACAGAGUUCAGGAAGGGUGUAGCACAGAGUUCUCUGCUGGGCCUGAUGACCCUUUCAGCUUUCUGGGACCACACUCUUACAUUACUUUCCCUGGGUGGAGCGCAAGAGAAGAAGGUACCAUUGAAUUUGUGAUAACAACAAGUAUCACUCAGGCCCCUCUGAUCUACCAGUCAGGGCUGAACAAUGACUUCAUCUACCUAGAGAUCUUUGAUGGACGCUUAAGGGGAGUAGUUGAAAAAGGUAAUGGGACUGUCAUCCUGCACAACAAUUUCUACAUCAGUGACGACCAGCAGCACUACGUGAAAGUCUAUGUGGACAUGUACAAGUUUGAGAUCCUUGUUGACUACUAUGGCUCACGGACAUCCAACCGGGGUAUCCACAGCCAUCUUGAUCUCCAGGGAAGCCUCUUCAUUGGAGGUGUGAAUGAAAAGGCCUUGCACAGGUUGAGGGAACACCGACUUGCUUUCAUCUCUGGGGACAGCUCUGUCAACAGGUCAUUCAUUGGCUGCUUGGAGGACCUGAGGAUAAACCUGGAAAAGAAGAGCCUGCAAGAUGCUCUGGUCACAAAGGGCAUAACAACAGUCUGUGGAAAGCAGGAGCAGUACUGGGACUAUGAGAAUGUAUAUGAGCAGGAUGAAGCAACCACAACCCCAGUUCCCGAUGUCUGGCACGAAGUGCUGGGCCCAGUGGUGGAACCUUGCCGCCCUGACCCUAGCCUCCCUCCCAUCUUUGCCAACCUCACUAGGCUGUUGCAUGUCAGCCCCCUCAUUGUUGCUGAAGGAGGCACAGCCUUUCUAGAAUGGCGACACACCCAGCCUACCAUAGACCUCAACAGUGCCAGUAUCAGGCAGUCUCAGGUCCUUUUUAGUGUCACAAAUGACCCCAGGCAUGGCCAGCUGGAACUAGACAUACCCAGUUCUAGAAACAGAAGGAAGUUCACUUUGUUGGAUGUAGUGAAUCGGAAAGUCAAGUAUGUCCAUGAUGGCUCUGAGAGUCCCAUGGACCAGCUGAUGCUGGAGGUAACGAUCACUGCCCGGAGGGGGGUUCCUGACUGUUUGCGGCAAGGCCAGAUUUACCUGCUCCCAGUAAUGAUCAACCCCAUCAAUGAUGCCCCACAAGUGUUCUUCCCCCAUGGGGACCUCAUGGUGAUUCUGGAGCGCACACGGAAGCACCUGGGCAUGGACAUCAUCCAGGCACAUGAUGAUGACACAUCCUGUGACAACCUGAAAUUCCAGCUGCUUGGCAGCAAGAGAAUGGAAGAAGGUUAUGUGGAAUAUGAUUUCCAGCCUGGAGUCCCCAUUGAUGAGUUCUCCUGCAGGGACCUGGAGGCAGGCAAUGUGGUCUACGUCCACCAGAGUGGACCAUCAUUACAGCUCAUCUUUCAAGUGAGUGAUGGCAUGGUCAGGAGCCCAGUGGCUGCUUUGAGAGUCAUUGCCAUUGAGCCUGACAUUCAAGUACACAAUAACACAGGCCUGUUCAUCUCUCAAGGAGGCACUGUUCUGAUCACCACAGCCAACCUCUCGGUAGAGACCAAUGCAGUAAAACAAAGAGUAACCAUCAUUUAUCGCCUCACAGAUCCUCUCUGGUAUGGUGAAAUCCAGAAGCAAGGGAGCAUGGGAGGGGAGUGGAAGAAAGUUGAAGCUUUCCACCAGCAAGACAUUGAGCAUGGGCGCGUACAGUAUUUCAGCACAGACCCUGAGCACCAUCUGGAAGAUGUCAUGGAGAAGCUGAGGUUCGAGGUUCAAGUUGGCCAGAAGGUCUUAACAAACAACACUUUCCUCAUCAGGAUCAAAAGGGCGACUAUCAAGAUGAGGACCAUGGUGCCCCUGCUGAUGAAAAACAAACGACACAAAAACAUCACUACCAGGGAGCUGGAAGCAACCUUGGAGGAUCCAAAUGCUACCCCACUUUCCUUCUACUAUGAAAUAAUCCAAGCACCCAAAAAAGGAAACCUUGAGCUUCUGGGCAGUAGGCUAACAGAAGGCUUUGGAUUUACCCAAGAGGCCUUGCAGAGAAGACAACUCAGCUACAGUGCUACAGUCAGGAAUGCUAAAGAGACUGAGGACUCCUUCCAGUUCCGUGUCACUGCUGGUGACCAGUAUUCCCCAGUGUAUACCUACAUGAUCAGCAUUGGGGGGGACCCAGAUGCACCUGCCCUGACCAACGUUCUUUUAUCUGUCCUGGAAGGAGGUCAGGCUGUCAUCUCCAAGGACCACCUGUUUGUACAGAGCUUAAGUAGUAUGGACUAUAUGUAUGAGGUGAUUGAAGGGCCAGCUCAUGGAAAGUUGAUCUGGAGGACAUCACCAAACUGGCCUGCCAAUGAAGAGGUCAUUACCGAGUUCACCAAUGAAGACAUCCUCCACAGAAGGCUUCUGUAUCAGCACGAUGACUCUGAGACCACAGAAGAUGAUAUCCCCUUUGUGGCCAUCCAGCAGGAUGAAGGCAGCACGGACCCUGAAGCAGAAGAGGUAAGGGGGGUCUUUAGAAUCUCCAUCCAGCCUGUCAAUGACCACGCACCCACCCAGGUAGUGAACAAGGUCUUCAAUGUAGUGCGGAAUGGCCAGCGCUUGCUGACCACUGAUGAUAUUGCCUUUGUGGAUGUGGACUCUGGUUUCUCAGAUGCCCAGCUGGUGCUGGUGAGGAAAGACAUUCUAUUUGGUAGCAUCCACUCCAUUGAGGACAGGAGUCGCCAGGUCUACCGCUUCACCCAGGAGGACUUGAGGAAGAAGAAGAUUCUCUUUGUCCACUCAGGGGCUGACCGAGGCUGGAUCCAGCUGCAGGUCUCUGAUGGCCUCCAUCAAACCACAGCUGUCCUGGAAGUACAAGCCUCGGACCCCUACAUCCAGAUUGUCAACAACACUGGCUUAGUCAUCCACCAAGGGAGCCAGGGAACUAUUGACUCCUCUGUACUCAGCCUGGAGACUAACAUGGACAUAAGAAAUGAUGAGGACAUCCGGUUCCUGAUAACUACCCCGCCACGAUGGGGGAUGGUGCUUAGAGGGGGCCAGCCUACAGGGAUCUUCUCCCAAAGGAACCUGAUGAAUGCAGAAAUAGUGUACCACCACAAUGGCAGCAGGAACUCUAGAGAUGAAUUCCAGUUUUCUGUAGAAGCGAAUCAGGUGGCUGUGGAAGACACCCUGGAGGUCACCGUGUUCCUAGAUAACCACCCAUCUCCCUUGACCAUCAUCCACCACAAAAGAAUAUAUGUCUUCGAAGGGGAAGCAGUUGAGAUUAAGAAAGACCAGUUGCUGGUGACCCAUGAAGAGAUCCCACCUCAUGAGAUCAUCUACUCAGUGAGCAGUGACCCUCACUCUGGGUUCCUGGUGAUGGUGUAUCAUGACAGCGAUUCUGAUGAGCCUCCCAGUCUGGACCCUGUCCAUUCCUUCACCCAGGAGGACAUCAACGAAGGCAAGGUCCUCUACCUGCACUCCAAGCCUGAAGAGCAGACCGACCAGUUCACUGUGGACAUCAUGGCCAGCAGGGCAGAUGCCCUGGAGGGGAUUGUGGUGAACUUGGAUGUCCUUCCCAUUGCAGUCCCUCUGGAGGUCCACAAUGUCACAAUCAUGGGUGGGGGCUCCACAGUCCUCUCCACAGACAUCCUGACCAUCCCCAGAGCCUACAUCACAGUGCUGAGUGUGGAGUUUGUGAUUCUUGAGCCCCCAAAAUAUGGGACCAUCCAGAAUAUUGAUAGACCUGAAGAAGGCAACCUUCACUUCUUCUCCUGGAAUGAGGUGGAGCAGCAGCUCAUCCAGUACACACACGAUGGCAGUAAGGCCCUGGCUGACAGCUUCACCAUCCUGGCCAAUGCCUCUGAGGUUGACCGGCAGAGUCAGCCCAAGACCAUCUCCAUCACCAUCGUGCCACGCAUUGACAAGGGGCCUGUGGUUACCAUUAAUGCCGGGCUGCAGAUGCAGGAAGGCACCACGGCAGAGAUCACUCCUGACAUCCUGAGAAGCGAGGACGAGGACUCCUCUCCAGAAGACGUGGUUUAUUCCAUCAUGUCCCCAACCAAUGGGAAAGUUGUGCUGAAAUCAUCUCCUAGCAAUGGGAUUCUGCAGUUCACUCAGGCUCAAAUAAAUAGCGGGGUCGUCCAGUUUGUGCACAAUGGGUCUCUUGACGGUGGGUUCUCCUUUGAUUUGUCUGAUGGAAAGAAUGUAUCACCUCGGCACUUCUUCAGCGUGAGUGCCCACCAGGAGCUGGUCAUCAGCCUGGUAAAUAAACAGGAUCUCACCGUGUGUCCAGGGACCCUUCAGCCAAUCACUAGCCAGAAUCUGAAAGCCAUGACCAACAGCAAAGCAGAUGCCAGCUCCUUAUUUUACAGCAUACAGCAGCCCCCGCAACUGGGCAGGCUGGUGAAUUCCCAGCUGGGUAGUGCCAUGGGGGAUGUGAAGAACUUCACUCAGGCUGAGGUGAAUAGUGGAACAAUCUUUUAUCAGCAUGAAAUGCCCCAGCAGCCAUUUUGGCUUACCCAGGAUGCUCUUCACUUCCGAGUCUCUUCUCCUUCUAUCGUAACAGAGCCAUAUAUCCUCAGUGUGUCAAUAUCAUUUGAAGCAAGCUGUCCCCAGAGGUCAACUCAGCUCUGGAGAAACAAAGGUCUCAUAGUUCGGAAAGCACAGCAUGCAGAGAUUAACACCUCAGUGCUGGAUGCUUCCAACCUUUUGACAAAGGUUCCAGAGUCCAAAAGGACAUCCUAUGAUGUUGUGUUCCUGGUUACUGAGUUACCCUCCCAUGGUCACCUCUCUGUGGCUGAUGUACCCAUCAACAAAGAGCAUCCUUAUUUCCUGCAGUCUGAUCUUGUUAUGGGUGGUCUGAACUAUGCUCACUAUGAGGCUGGUGCCAUAGAAGACCAUUUCAGAUUUAAGGCUUGGCUUCGGCCUCUGGCCAUGGAGUCUAUUCACCCUCCCCAGGAAGGAGGUGGGGUGUUCAUUUCUGAAGCCUUCAAUAUAACUGUGAAUCCUAAUAAUGAAAAUCCACCUCAGCUGACUAAGCAAAGACAUGUCCUGCAGGCCCACCAAGGCUCCUUAGUGAUGCUGUCCCGAGAUCACUUGGAUGUAGUGGAUCCUGACAGUUCUCCUGAAGAGAUUGAGUACAAAAUCCUCAAGAGGCCAGCCAGUGGCUUCCUGGCCAACAUGCACAAUAAGCAGGUGCCAAUCAGCCAGUUCACCCAAGCAGAAGUCAAUGCUGGCCACCUGGUCUUCAUUGCCAAUGGGAGCAGUUCUCUUGGAUCCUUAGACUUGAGUAUCUCUGAUGGGCAUAAUCUACCCAUAUUCACUUCCCUGGAAGUAGAGGUUCUUCCUGUAUUGACAACAGGGAUGAGCCAGAUACCUCUAGAAAUACCUCAGGACCGGAACAUUGCCUACCUGUCCAGAGAUCACCUCCUGGGGGGCUCACAGCCAGGGGAACAAGAUGUCCUUUACACAAUCACCAGGAAUCCCACAUUUGGCCAGCUGAGGGUCAACCAAAAGCCAGCAAGGGACUUCUCACAGAAACAGGUGGACCAAGGGGAAGUGACUUUUAUUUUCACAGAUUUCACCUCCCCUGAGGAUGAAUUCCAGUUCCUUUCAAGAUCCAAAGGAGGAAACAUGUCAGGAGCAGUGAAUGUGACAGUCAAGGCUUUGGUCAGAAUGCAGCAGGGGAUUCUGUGGCCAAGGGGGAAAACCAUCCUGCUGGACACCAGUGUUCUUGACGCAAGCGAGCUGGCCAACAAGACAAAGAGCGUCCCAGUCUUUAAGAUCCACAGAGCCCCCCAGGGCAGCCAUUUUGUGAAAGUCUCAGAUGACAAAGACAGGCAGCCCACUCCCACUGACACCUUCACCCAGGAUGAUCUUGAGAGAGGGUUGAUUGCACUGGAAGUCCCACAAGCCAAAGACUCUGGGCAGCACUUGCAGAACAACAGCUUUGUGUUCGAGCUGGCAGCUGCAGGGGUGCCGCCUGCCUUGGAGUUGCUGAAGUACAGCUCUGAGCCCUUUGACUCCUCCAAGGUGUACAGGGCCACACUUCUCACUGCCACCCAUUUCCCAGAUACAAGCCUCUGGCCCACACUCCAGGAGACAAGCCCUUUCCCAGCAACCUCAGCCACUCAGGCUCAGGGCUUACCGCAACCAAGUCACAACACUAGCGAGCAUGAGACACCUCCCACAGCCUGGCAAAGCCAUGAGGCCACAACCAGCCCUUCCCCUGUGGAAGGGGGCACAUUCCUCAGCUUCAUCGAAGCCAACAUGUUCAGUGUUAUCAUCCCAAUCUGCCUCAUCAUCCUUCUUUUGGCUUUAAUCCUCCCCCUGCUGUUUUAUCUCCACAAGCGCAACAAGACUGGAAAGCACAAUGUACAGGGCACGGCCGCCAAACCCAAGAAUGGGGCUGUGGUUGACCAGGAGACCUUUAGGAAGACCGACCCAAACCAAGCCAUUCCUUUAACGACUGUGAACACACUGGAGGCCAAGGGAUCGGGACCCGUGACCAAAGGAGCAGGGGCAGGAGGGCAGCAGGACCCUGAGCUACUUCAGUACUGCCGGACUUCGAAUCCCACCCUAAAAAAUAAUCAGUACUGGGUCUGAAUGCUGGGCUGAAAGGCAAGACUCUUCCCUUC